CAAUAAGGCAAGGAAGACUCGGGAGAGGUAGGCGGCUACGCGCAGCAAGCAAACCACCCCCAAAUCCGAGAAACCCCACCCAAUCCGCCAAACCCUAGGCGCGGCGGCGAUGGCGGCGGCGGGCCUGCGGAAGGGAAACGCGCGUCUCCCGCCGGAGGUGAACCGGAUUCUCUACGUGCGGAACCUGCCCUUCAACAUCUCGAGCGAGGAGAUGUACGACAUCUUCGGCAAGUACGGCGCCAUCCGGCAGAUCCGGCUGGGCAACGCCAAGGACACGCGCGGCACCGCCUACGUCGUCUACGAGGACAUCUACGACGCCAAGAACGCCGUCGACCACCUCUCCGGCUUCAACGUCGCCAACCGCUACCUCAUCGUGCUCUACUACCAGCCCGCCAAGAUGUCCAAGAAGUCCGACGUCAAGAAGAAGGAGGAGGAGAUCACCAGGCUCCAGGAGAAGUAUGGAGUCGGGUCCAAGACCCCCGGCCCCGGCUCCAGCGACUGAGCGACCAGGGGCAGUGCCUCUGCGGUCGCUUGUCUGGAGAAGAGCAAGCAGAGGGAACGAAUUGGUAGAGCUGUGCUAUGUCUCAUCCAGUGUUACCAAUUACUGCGUUGUUAUGCUUUGACCAUCACAGCUGAAUAGAUAUGUGCUUAUCAUGAACCUUUAGUUGUGCUUCAGUGCCUGUUCUACUUGUGUGCUUUUCUAAUUGCACACGUGGAUGUUUGAUUCUACCAAAAACAAGAGGAAUGGAUCAGUGCACUGAUGACAAAGCUUGAAUUGUUGAUCUGUAGCUAGACUGUGGGAGUAGCAUGGCUGUGCUGUUAAAUUUGUUGGUUAUCAUGAUAUGUGUGUGACCAUUGAAGGAUUAAAUCGAAUGAAGGUGGUAUGCCCAUUAUCAUUGUUGAA